CUCAUAUUAUCGGUUUCACCCGCUUUUGGUACUGAGUGUUUGUGUGUCUUUAUUAUUGCUUGACUCGGGACAUUGCAUUGGCCCUCUCGCCAUUAUAGCCUCUCCACGUCUCCGCCAUGCCCGCCAUGCCCGCCGAUACCGCCCCCGCCGAGGGCGCCCCGGUGCCAUUCUUCAUCAAUGGCAAGGAAGUGCACCCUGAGAGGAGGUUCAAGGUGGUGUCUCCCGCGUCCGGCAAGGUCGUCCAUGAGGCUGCCAGCGCGACCGAGGGAGACGUUCGCGCCGCUGUAGACGCCGCCGCGAAUGCCUUCAAGACAUGGAAGAAGUCGCUCCCUAGGGUGCGCCGUGACAUCUUCCUGAAGAGCGCUGAGAUCAUGGAGAGGAGGAGGGACGAGCUAGCCCGGUACAUCAUGGACGAGACGAGCUGCACGCGCCAGUGGGCCGACUUCAACAUCAGUACCGCCAAAGACCUCUUUGUCGACGUGGCUGGGAGAGUAGCCUCGCUGGAAGGGAGCAUCCCAACCGUCGCAGAUCCCAGCUGCGGCGCCAUGGUUCUCAGGGAGCCUUAUGGAGUGGUUCUUGCCAUUGCCCCCUGGAACGCCCCCUACAUUCUCGGCGUCCGCUCUGUGUUAUUCCCCAUUGCCGCUGGCAACACCGCCAUCCUGAAGGGAUCUGAGUUGUCCCCGCGGGUGAUGUGGGCCAUCUGCUCCGUCCUCCACGAGGCAGGCCUACCCGACGGCGUCCUGAACCUGCUAUUCCACGAGCCAGCAAAUGCUGCCACCAUUACGCAGGCGCUGAUCGCCGAUCCCGAGAUCAAGAAGAUCAACUUCACGGGAAGCACCAUGGUCGGCCGCAUUAUCGGCAAGCUUGCUGGCGAGCACCUCAAGCCAGUGCUCCUCGAACUCGGCGGCAAGGCGCCGGCCAUUGUGUGGCACGAUGCGGACCUCGACAAUGCGGCGGUACAGUGCGCUCUGGGAUCGUUCCUCCACUCGGGUCAGAUCUGCAUGUCCACCGAGCGCAUCCUCGUGCACAAGAAGGUCCGCGCCGAGUUCGAGAAGAAGCUGGUCGGGGCGAUCGACAAUAUUUUUGGCGCUCAACACGACGCUCCCGUUCUGAUCAACAGCGUGGGCGUCACGAAAAACAAGAAGCUACUCGCCGACGCCCUCAGCAAGGGCGCCUCCCUGGUCUACGGCGAUCCCAACGCCCACGAGGCCGCCCCGACGCAGAUGCGGCCCGUUGUCAUCAGCGGCAUCACGACCGAGAUGGACAUCUACAAGACGGAGAGCUUCGGGCCGACGGUAUCGCUGUACGAGAUCGAGACGGAGGAGGAGGCGCUGCGGAUCGCCAACGACACCGAGUACGGCCUCACGUCAGCCGUGUUCACCGAGGACCUGCGCACGGGUUUACGCUUUGCCAGGGAGAUCGAGACGGGGGCCGUGCACAUUAAUAACAUGACUGUUCACGAUGAGACCGCUCUGCCGCAUGGCGGUGCCAAGGCGUCCGGCUAUGGCCGGUUCAAUGCUGCGCAAGGGUUGGCGGAAUGGGUCAGGACGAAGACUAUCACGUACAAGUAUUAGCCUUGUCGGGUAAUGAGUGGCUGCGUGAGCGUUGUAUAGUUCUAUACCACAGCAAUACCAUUUGCUUCAUUCUUUGCUGCCGGUAAAAGGCAGUCAAAACUGACCAUCACCAAGAGCCCCGUUUUCUUCACUCGUCCUGCGGAACAGCGAUCUCCUUGCCCCCUGAGACGAACCUGCAACCAGCCACCACGA